AUGGAAGAUAGCGCCGAAUUGAGCGUGCGAACAUUGGAACGUCACUGCCUAGUUGAUGGCACCUGUCACUGCGAUUGGCGUAUCACACUUCAAGGCUGUGUCGAGCAAAAUGCAAUGACAGGCGUUUAUAUCGGCAACAUCGCUAUCUCGGCUGUAGUGUUCAUCAUUGGUGUUUGUCUCCUGAUCCAUCGCAUCUUUAUCAAGGGACAUCGACUUUUUGAUGUUAGCCCAGCAAAAGGUUGCUUACGACCCAAACCAAUCGAUUGUAUGUUAUUCUUAUUAAUGAUAUACAACAUUCUUCGCUUGUUGACAAGCGUUAUUCUUGUCACGGAUGUUGCUGAUGACAUGAUUUCACGCAUGUUUAUUUUUGAGUUUCCAUGGCAAUUUGGUUAUGGUGCAUUUGCACUUUACCUUGUCGGGAUUGCACAAACAUUGGCUGAUAGCCACAAGGCGAUUUCUCAUGGAUGGUUACCAUCACCAAGGACGGUGGAUAUUAUUGGAUUGACUUUUUUCUUUGCACCCUUCAUUUGUAACAACAUUGUGGCGUUGGUUGGUGGCGCGCUGGCACGCACCAACUUGUACGCAUCCGAAGUGUGUGUGCGAUUGUUGUAUGUAUUUUGGUUUGUCCAUUGUUUUUCACUUGCCAUGGCGGUGCUCUUCUCUGGAAUUCGCUUGGUCCGCAUCCUUAAUCAUCAUUUGACGAAAUUCAAGUCAUCGGGGCCACGCUAUGCAUCUGUCAAAACGGGUAUCUUUAAGAUACGUGCGGUGAUGGGUAUCAUUGUUGUAUGUUUACUCUUGUUUGCUAUCUUUUUGCUCCUAUAUGGAGCUCUUCGUGAUCAGAUCAUGGUGAACGUACCAGGAUCCAUUUUCCUUGGUGUCAUUUGGAAUUAUCUCGGUCCUGUCACCACGCUGUGCGUGGAAUUGGCGGUCAUUUUCCAUCCAAAGAUUGGUACCAGUGGUGUGGAUGGAUUGAAAAGUUCGACAGGUGGACGAUCCACCACGUACGAGGAAACACAAACAUCUUCCUCUUUUGCUGGACCUGGUGUUGACGUGAGUUUUCAGGGCACGUUGAGUCAUCAUGCUUUUGAGGAUUUGAAACAGCAACAACUUCAAUACCAACAAAAUUUCCAAAAACAUAAUCAUCAUCGUCUCCAUGGAAACCAUUAUUCGUCAACACCCCAACAACGCGAGUUUGGGUUAAACGGCAAUAGCACAACGACAACACCACCCACACUCGAUCUCGGCAUGACGAUGAAUACGCUCAAAGGACCUAUUGCCAUGGAGGAGGAGGAUUAUUAUUAUAGUCACGAGCAUCAUUCGAAUCAUAUACCCGCUAUCACACCACAACCAUCACAACCACUCGCGGAUGAAAAGUGGCUGCCUAUGGAUGAACGUGAAGAUGACCUAUCAUCCCAAAUCAGGCUUAUUCGGCACGAAAAGCGUUAUUAG